GCCAAGCAGCACGACGCUCCGUGUGUUAAGUUUAUCUUAAUUUAAUAAGAAUCGUAAAAGUUGAAAGUCUUACUUAAAAAUGUUUUUUCCAUGUGCAUUUAGUUUAAAGUUAAAGGCCACUCUAAUUAAACUCUAGCUUAUUGGGCACAUGUUAUUUGAAUUUAAUUGAAUUAAAGUGUGAUAAACAGUAAUGGCAUUUGUUAUUGAAAUAGAUUAAAUAAGUACGCGCGGGCUGUGACGGAAAAACAAAUGCCCUACUUUACAACCAUUCUAAGCUUAUUAUAAAAGUGAAAUUUUGAAUGACAGCUGCUUUAAUAAUACAACAAUACAAAACACAUAAACAUAAACAGUGCGAGUCAAAGUGAAAGAGAAAACAUAUUUGUGUGUGGAAGAAGAAGCAGAAAACAUCGUGCUACAUAAGGUGAUGGUGUAGGUGAUGGCAAAGGGGGAAGCUAACUGUGAAACUUUAAAUAUGACAACCACAUUGGCAUUGAGCAUUGAUUAUGCCAACAACAACAACAACAGCAGCAACAUAAGCAGCUGCAGAUAUGCCAACAACAACAACAACAACAACAGUAGCAACAAAAACAGCAUGUACAAGUUCAACAAAGCAAUUACGGAUGAUUUGCAGAUUGGCUCAUCAAGCAGCUCCUGCUCACCAUUACCAUCCCCGCACAUGACAAAAAGCAACAGCUACAAUGGUUCAAUAUCCAUGGAUGCUGCUGCCCUCAUCAGCUGUGAUUCGGGUGACCUCGAAGGCUCCAACUCUUCACCCGCUGCUUUGGGGACCAGUGUUAUUAAUGUCAAUUUAGAUAGCGGCGAAGGUGAUACGUUCCUCAUAAAUGCCAGUCGACGUAGCAACAGUCGCACCACCAACUACCUGCGCCGGAACACAUGUUGGAUGCAGAGCUAUGGCUUCAUUAUGCGCCAUUGGUACUUUAGCUACCUGCUGCCCAUCUGUGUGCUCGCCCUGCUCUUCGUCGUUGCCUAUCUCACACGUGACUAUGCCAAGCAGCUACUCUUCUGGAUCGAAACGCAGAAUAGUUGGCUUAUAUUCGUCAUUUAUUUGGGGCUGUUCACCGUCGUCAGCUUCCCCUUUGCACUGGGCUAUCUUGUGCUACUCAUCACAGCAGGCUAUCUGUUUGGCGUCUGGAGGGGUUGGUUAACCGUCAUACUGGGCGCCAAUCUGGGCAUAGCAAUAGCUCAUCUUACCAUACGCAGUGUUCGCCAUCAGAUUCCUGUCCACAAAUUGAUCAAAAAUGAGACUGGACGCGCUAUACUGCGCGUUAUAUCUGGACCAAAGGCAUUUCGAGUGGUGCUCUUCACGCGACUCACGCCCAUACCAUUUGGAUUGCAAAAUGUGAUAUUUGGAAUCAGUUCAAUUAAUGCGCGCGAUUAUCAUGCUGCCACAUUUCUGGGUCUAUUGCCUGCCCAGACGAUAAAUGUCUACUUGGGCUCCACACUGCGCUCCAUGCACGAGGUGCUCAAUGACAACCACACCAAAUUAACUGGCUACAUUAGCUUUGCAUUGGAGGUAAUUUGUGGCGUUGCUCUGAUGGUUUGGGUGGUGCAGAAGGCACGCAAAGAGCUUUCGGAGACGCUGCUCACAUCGGAGUACAACAACGAUGGGAAGCCAAUUGACAUACAGGUCUAGCAGACAGAGAUCCUGGCGUCUAACCAAGUUGACGAAGAAGACUGUACAUUCGAAUGCGAAUUGUAAUGAAAAUAUGUAAACGGUCUUCUAGUGUGCAAUGCACAAUAAAUUAUAUUAUUUAAUGCUUA